AUGUCUCCAAGCUUAUCUCAUCCCACCAGUUCUUCCAGUUUGUCAGAUCGCACUAGCUCUUCCAGCUCGUCCGAUUCUUCGCCGAGCCAGAAUGAUCCUAAAGGAAAACGAGUGGCUUCUCCUGCCCCGGAUCCAUCUGGUUCGUCGUCCUCGUCUAGCUCCUCUUCGACAUCUGAGGAGGUUGGUCCAUCUCAGCUUAAUAACGAGAUUGGAUCGGGUCAGGUUACUGAUGACCUCGAGGAAGCGCAUAAUGUCGAAGUAGGUCGGUCUGGCGAAACACAGAGCAAUGGAGAAGUUCAGCUGGAUGGGGUUGGUCUUGACGGAGCUCAUCACGAGGUUGUCCUUGGCAUUCCUGCGAUUCGUCGCAAAAUUGUUACUCCGGCGUCGGUCGAAGCCUCCUGUUCUGAUAGUAAGACCAUCACAUUAGCGUUAAGGCAGGCUGGGCCUCAUUCGGGAAUCAAAGUUAAGAAACCAAAAUCAGCGACCAUGGGAUGCUCCUGA